AACUAUGGAUUUUUUUUUUCCUUCACCAUCUCAGACGGAUGACGCUCUGUUCGAUCGGUUCAGGGUAGUGGAGAGGCAUAGGGCUUCAAUCGUUCCCAUUAGCUCGGCCGAUCAAGCUUGAUAGUCUUCGAUAUAUCAUCAAAGGACUCCGUAAACAUAGACGCUCCAAACAUGCCCUCCAGUGUAUCUGAAGAUGAAGAAGCUGCUCUUUCAGUACGUUACUCCUUUUCCGAGCUCAAUUUCGAAAUGUAUCUGGAAUUUCAACAGCAAACCUAGGGUUCUAUUCUUCUCCAAUGAAGCAAAAACCCUGGAUUCGUUUUUUCCUCCACCAACGGAUGACGCUCUGUUCGAUCAACUCAUUGCAGUGGAGAGGAACAGGGCUUCAAUCGUCCCCAUAUUAGAGGAGUGGGUUGGGGAAGGUCACCCAAUCAAGCUUGACAAUCUUCGACAUAUCAUCAAAGGACUCCGUAAACAUAGACGCUCCAAACAUGCCCUCCAGAUUUUUGAAUGGAUUGAUGUGUCAAACCGCCUUCAACUAUCGCCCAGGGAUAUUGCAGUACGAGUGGAUCUUAUACAAAAAACCCGUGGUCUGGAAGCGGCUGAGAAGUAUUUUUAUAGCAUUCCCAUCCAUUUGAGAGCUGAUAAGGUGUAUGGUGCUCUUUUGAACUGCUAUGCUCAUAGAAAAGCGGUGGAAAAAGCAGAAUGUGUCAUGCAGAAGCUGAGAAAGGAGUUUGGUUAUGUUCAUUGUCUGGCGUUCACUGUUAUGAUGAAUCUGUACUCCAAGGUGGGAAAAUUUGAGGAGCUACACUCUCUAGCGCAAGAGAUGGAAGAAACACGAGUCAUUGUUGACAAAUUCUUCUACACCAUCCGUUUAAAUGCAUAUGCAACUGCUCGUGAUGUGGAUGGGAUGGAAAUGCUUUUGAAGAAGAUGGAGGCAGAUCACGUGAUGAUUGCUGAUUGGGUUGUUUGUUAUACAAUAGUUGCCAAUGCGUACAUUAGAGCUGGUGAUUUUGAUAAGGCUUUGGCAGCAGUGAAGAAAUGUGAACAUCUAACUAGGCGCCAGAGGACUGAGAGGGAAUAUGAGUGUCUACUUACUCUCUAUGGUAGUAUGGGAAGGAAAGGUGAUGUGUACCGUAUUUGGAAUGAGUACAAGGGAGUGGGAAAAUCACGGAAUAGUGGUUAUCUCUCUAUGAUUAGUGCACUAGAAAAGCUCGAUGAUCUUGAUGCCAUGGAGAAAAUAGUGGAGGAAUGGGAAUCCCACAAGACAUACUUUGACAAGCGAAUCCCAAAUUUCCUCGUAUCUGUUUACUGCAAGAGGGGUAAUUUGAAAAAAGCUGAGGCGAUUGUAGAGAGAAUCGUCGAGAGUGGGCAGAAAGCCAGAGCAGACACAUGGAGUCGUAUGGCAUGUGGAUAUUGCGAAAACAAGCAGAUGGAUAAGGCAGUGCAAGCAUUGAAGAAAACAAUCUUAGCAGCUCAUACACAAGCUAAACUUCCGCUGCGCCUAUUGGCUUCUUGCCUGACAUAUUUGGAAUCCAAUGGAAAUUAUCAAGCAGCCGAGGAUAUCAUAAAAUUGCUUAAAAAGCGGGAUAUGGUCUCCGAAGAGUUUGAGCAGAGAUUAGAAGAUUACAUCAGAAAGGGAAAAGCAGGGAAACUACGACAGCAGAUUCAUCCUUAACUCUGUAAGUCUAGCCUUGGAAAUCACAACAAGCUGACGUGAUAUUUUGCUGACAUACCAAUUGCCCUUAGAGAUUCUACGGUUACUUUGAACUAGUCCAAAAGAAAAAAUCCCAUCAAAAAAGCAAGAUGAAAAAGGUAAUGACCA